AAGGGGAAAAAAAUCACAGUUGAAAAAAAAUUCAUAUUUUGCAACGGUUUCAUAGCGUUUUGUUUCAUCUCCAUUGAUUGAAAGGUUUAUUAUUUUGUUCUUUGGAGCAAUUGAAGUUAAUUGCGGUAAAAAAUGCCUCAAGGAUCUCGUGCGAAAGCAUCUAAAGCCUCUCCAAAGAAACCGAAGAUCACAAAAGUUUCCAAAAAGGGGAGCAGAGUCACAAAGAAGACUCCUAAAAAGACUGCAAAUGAAAGAAAGAAAUUACAAAAAGCUUUGGAAACAAGCAUAAAAACCGACAUUGAGAAUGAAAUAAGAACCAAAGCUGGUGGCUCUGGUGCAGCUGCCAAGAAAAAACCAGCAGCCAAACCAAAAGCCAAGGGCAAAGGGAAAAAGAAAUAAAGCAAAAUUUUAUGCACAUUCAUAUUGAGUCUUCAAUAUUUAUCUUGAUUUUAAAAUAUAUAUACAGUGAAACUUACAAAAGCCCAAGUGCCAUGCGGACUUGUGUCUUCAUUGAAAAAAAAUCCAUCUAAAGAGUAAUGUAAAAGAAAAUGUCACCUUAUUACUUCUUUAUCAAACGACAGUAUUACUGUAUAUAUAUUUCAAAAGAAAAAUCUUUUGCCUUUUUUUUUCAUAUGAGCAUCAUCAAAGGUUUUAAUUAAAUGCUCUCUCUUGUGUUUGAAUCACCUUAGUUGCUUUGUAUUGUGUUUUACAUGUUUGAAUCUCUUAGACCAUUUGUUUUCUGAAUGUACUGAGUGUAACUUACUCACAUUUUGAUUUCUUCAUACAUGAUAGUAAUUUAUGUAGCUUCACAUCAUAUGGUUUAGAAAGCAAGAAAUCUCUCACUUUUUCAUUACAAACGGACGUACUAGAUUUUGUAAAAAUAUUUUUGCGACAUUCUUCAAUGACUUUCAUUGCGUUUUUCAAGUUUCUCUGAUAUGCAAUUUUUACUCUUUCUUCAGGAUAUUCACUUUUAACUUCAUUUCUUUUUGCCGAUGAAUUAGGCAAAAUGACAAGUUUCGAAAUAGAUUGCAAAACUUGAUGACAAAAGGUUUCUUGCUUUCCAUGUUUUUGUACUUCAUCAUUUUGUUUCUUAAUGUUGAAAUAACCUAUGAUGGGGAAAAAAUAUAUUUGAUGAAGUUUUUCAAUUACCAUUGUCAUUUUACUGUUGGACAUCAAUAAAAUAAAUU